AAAAGCGAAUCCGCGGUCGUCGUUUCGUGGAUGUUCUUUUAGUUUAGUUUAGUAGCUUAGCUAUACGGUUAAGGUAGGGUCGGGUUCAGUGUCGAACGGAAAAGGAAAAUAAUUUGGCUUGUAGUUGUGAACGGUACGUGACUGACUACCAACCAACCCGGUGGACGUGGAGGAAACCGAAAGUGUGAAUCUGUUUUUUUUUCGGUAGAUUUUCCCAGUUAUUAUUGAAGUGUGUCCCUGUCCGAAGCAGUUAGCGAAUAGUUGCAUAAUCCGUGUGCCAGUUAAUUAGUUUGUUUUUCUCCUAAAGACUCCUGCACAAUUUAUUUGCACGAAACAAAUGUGAUUCUUAGAGACAUCUCAAUUUCCGGAGUGAUUGGAUCAGCAAACGGAUCGGAUUGCUGGCGCUGAUUAUCUAAGAGAUAGCGGAGCUAUUUUCAUUAUAUAGAAGAACCUUGAAAAUUGAAAAUAUUGUUUUUUUCACCCACCACCGAUCCGCCGAGCAAAGGCCCUUCGUCGUUUUAGUCGUUUUUAUCGUGAAGCCGCCCAGCGCUCCGAGAAGGGCAUUGAACGAUACUUAGACUCAGGGUGGUGUCAGCGUCGCGAUGUAAACAACCGCCGCCGUCGUCGUCGUCAUAGCAAGCUUGGAUGCCAACGCACAAACACGCGCAGCGGCAAAUUUUUUUCUGUCAGACUGGUACAAAAAUAAACUCGAGAACAGGACAGGAAGAAAAAAUAUUAUUGGGUCUAAGCGAAAGUCGGAAGAUCAGUUAGUCAGUCAGACAGUACACGAGUUAUAUCAGAAGAGCGCCAACAGCAAAUUUGUCGGUCAAAUUGCGCAAGGUGAUCUUGAAAACACUUAAAUACAAACGGAAGAACAGGAAAAAAACCGGUCGGCGCGUGUUGACGAUCAGCGCCGCGAAGAAGAAUGCCAGCGCAAAGAAAGUGAUAAAAGAUAAUACAAAUUAAUUGGCGUUGCAAUUAUUGCAAUUAUAACUGUACUACUACCGUCGACAGCGGGCGAGCGACAGAUCGGGGUGUGAGGUUCGUUCGGGGGAAAAAUACUGGAACGGGUUCAUUCUCUCUAAAGGAGUCCACUGAACCCGACCAACGCGAUAUCACGAGAUGGCCAAUCUAAAUGGCCGCCUGUUCGGUGGAGGAGGCGCAGCUGAGGCGGCUGCCGUUGUCGCUGUCGCUGGCACUUCCGGUGGUACAACACCGAUGGGACUGAGCCACGAUAAAGUCCCGCUGCGGGACAGGACUGAUAAGAGUGACGAAUUCAACGCACCAAAAGCAUUGUCCUCGCCGUCGCCAUCGGCGGUGACGGGCAGCAGGAGCACAAAAUCAGCCUCGGGCACAACAAACCAGCAAACGCAGCAACAGCAGCGAUUGAACAACCGAGAUGUAGUCAUCACCAGUCUGAUUGCGGGAGCAAUCGCCGGUGCCCUGGCCAAAACGACAAUCGCUCCGCUGGAUCGCACCAAAAUUAACUUUCAGAUCAACAAACAUAUUCCGUACACCUUCGCAGCGGCUAUGCGCUUCCUGCGGGACACCUACACCAAAGAAGGCUUCGUUGCCCUCUGGCGAGGCAACUCAGCCACGAUGGCACGCAUCAUUCCCUACUCGGCGAUUCAGUUCACCUCGCACGAGCAGUACAGGAAGCUGCUGCACGUCGACGUACACAGCGACACCGAAGUGCGUCGCUUUCUGGCCGGGUCGCUGGCGGGCAUAACGUCACAAUCGCUGACCUACCCGCUGGAUUUGGCCCGCGCACGGAUGGCCGUAACGGAUAAGUACUCCGGCUACAAGUCGCUCCGGGAGGUGUUCGUUAAAAUCUGCCAGUGCGAGGGCCCCCGGACGCUGUACCGGGGCUACUGGGCGACCAUCCUGGGCGUCAUCCCGUACGCCGGGAUGUCCUUCUUUACCUACGAUACUCUCAAGAACGAAUACUACAAGCACACGGGCGACCGAAGUCCCAACACUGUGAUAUCGCUGAUGUUCGGCGCUGCGGCCGGUAUGAUCGGCCAGUCCUCCAGCUACCCGCUGGACAUCGUCCGGCGGCGAAUGCAAACGACCGGUGUUACGAAGCACUGCGCCGAUCGGUACCUAACCAUCGGGACGACACUGGUCAAAAUCUAUCGCGAGGAGGGUCUGAUCCGGGGUUUCUACAAGGGUCUCAGUAUGAACUGGAUCAAGGGUCCGAUCGCGGUCGGUAUCAGCUUCGCCACGUACGACCACAUUCGGCAUCUGUUGCGCGAGAUUAUCCACCUGCAGGGUGGCGACGAGAGGUAGGAAAGCCACCGCGACCAAGACCACGACCGUCGUCAAACUAGAAUCUAUACACCGGAAUCUGUGUCGUACUGUAGCGUAGCGCAGGCAGAAGAAAGCAUUUCCCCCAGGUGAGAGCUCAGUUGAGAUGAGAUGAGUGAGAUUAUUGAUUUGUUCGGACACGUGAUACCAUGGGCCGCAUGUGAUGCGGAUGUUGCGCACGGGAAGGAUUGAACGUUGAACUUGGUCGCCGCCACCGCCGGCGGCGGUAAUUUAUUGUUGUUUGUUUUGUCAGUCAGUCAGUCAAUUGAUCAAUCUACUAAGAACGGUGCAAUUAAUUGUAAACAGGCAAGUGUGCGCGGUAAAAAAGAAUUAACGGUUGAAAGGGCAGACGGGAAAAGCAGUACGGUUGAAAGCAACAAUUAGGAGUGAAAAGUAGAAAGCCACUUUUUGAAAUGUUUUGAUUAGUUCAUCUUUUAUUAGUUUUUAUUUUAAAGCUGCCUUCUUUCCGCGCGUUAACGCGGAAGGAUCGCCACGAAAGUUCCUUCGGCAAAACCACCCAAACUCGAAAAUGAGGAGAGAAAAAAUUGUAAAGUAAACAUUGACAAGAGUCUGAAUUGAAUGACAAUAAAUUUCUACACAGUCAGUCAUUGGAGUGUCCAAUAUUUUAUACGAACGUGUCAUUUUUGUUUCUGUUUUGAAUCGUUAUGUUUGUUGUGAAACACAAAAAAGUAAAAUUUGAACACUAUUGUGUUGUUGGUAAUAUUUACAACCAACCAGCGCGUGAAUGCGGAUCUGUGUAACAGAACGAACUUAUAGGUUUAUGCUAUUGCUUUAAGUUGGUAGUCACGGAAGUUUGUGAAGCUUCUUCGAAUUAACAAACAGAACUAGGAUUUAUG